CGCUGCUGCCGCCGCGCCGAGCCGAGCGGUGCCGAGCCGAGCCGUGCUGAGCCGAGCCGAGCCGUGCUGAGCCGAGCCGAGCCGUGCUGAGCCGAGCCAGGCGUUGGGACCGCGCUGCCUCGAGUGGCCGGGCAUGGCCCUCCGCGGGUAGCGGCGCCGCCGGACAGGGUGGAUGCUUGAGAGUGGAGGAUAAGGUACAAGUGUCUGGGACCGGUGGAAUGGAGGCCUGAUGUAGAUGGAAAGAUGGAUGAAGAAGAAGCUCUGAACUCUAUUAUGAAGGAUUUGGCAGCAUUAGGCAAAUGUGGGGGUCUGCUGGACAACAACAGGAAUAAGAACAGUGUCCACUCCAGCAAACAGCAGCGAAAUGUCAGGAUCAAGUUUGAAUAUGAAGGAGAGAAAAGGAUUAUCCAGUUUUCAAGACCAGUCAAAUUCAAAGAAGUGGUGCAGAAGGUCACGGAUGCUUUUGGACAGACGAUGGACUUAGUUUGUGUGAACAAUGAGCUCCUGAUCCCGCUGAAAUCCCAGGAAGAUUUGGACAAAGCGAUGGAACAGUUGGAGCUGAGCCCUUCCCUGAAGAGCCUGCGGAUCCUUGUGAGCGCUCCAAAGAAAGCGAAUCUUCUCCAGCCAAACAACAGUAAACAGCAUGAAAUGAGGAUCUCUAGAUCAAUGGGUGAUAUCAUGGGAUCCCUGUACAAAGACUCAGAGAGGACACGGAAGUAUUCAACAGGCUCGCUGCACACUGGCCGGAGUUCUCCGCCCCCAGGGAGCGUUCCUGAAGAGCAGCAGCAGAUUGCUCGCCAAGGAUCCUAUACCAGCAUCAAUAGCGAGGGCGAGUUCAUCCCCGAGACCAUGGAUCAGAAUAUGCUUGAAGCUUUCAUCAGCCCUGAUGAGUCACUGUCUGGGAGCUGCCAGUCGCUGGACAGAUCUGUGGACAGCCCACCCUUUACCCAAACCCCUGUUCCUGGAAGGAAGACCCAUCCCAAAGACAGUCUCGAUUGCAUGGAUUUUGACAUCCCAUUCUGCGAGAGGUUUGGGAAAGGUGGGACCUUCCCGAGGCAGUACCACCUCUCCCAAAGUCGCAAGGACUACAGUGACGGACGGAGGACUUUUCCCAGGAGUUACUUCCCCCAGGAGAACCUGUUUCAGCUUGUCCCUUCUAGCCGAACCAAGAGCUUUAAUGGGGACAGCAAGCUCAGCACCUUGCAGUACGACGAGUACAGGCCCAAAUGGUGGAACAAUUGUGAAAAAGGUCUGCAGGUCUUCAGCACCUCCCCUACAAAAGCUAGGAACUCCCUGCAGGCACCUGUGAACUGGAGGCUGGGGAAGCUGCUGGGAAGAGGAGCUUUUGGGGAAGUUUAUCUCUGCUAUGAUGCUGACACUGGGCGGGAGCUGUCGGUGAAGCAGGUGCCUUUUGACCCUGACAGUCAAGAGACAAGUAAAGAGGUGAAUGCCUUAGAAUGUGAGAUUCAGCUGUUGAAGACUCUCCGCCAUGACAGGAUAGUGCAGUACUAUGGGUGCUUGCGGGACCCUAAGGAGAAGAAACUGUCUAUCUUUGUUGAAUACAUGCCAGGGGGCUCAAUAAAGGACCAGCUAAAAGCUUACGGUGCUCUGACCGAGAACGUCACACGGAAAUACACCAGGCAGAUCCUGCAAGGAGUCUUCUACUUGCACAGCAAUAUGAUUGUCCACAGGGAUAUUAAAGGUGCCAAUAUUUUGAGAGAUUCUGCUGGAAAUGUGAAACUUGGAGAUUUUGGGGCCAGCAAACGGAUCCAGACCAUCUGCAUGUCUGGGACUGGGAUUAAAUCUGUCACGGGAACGCCAUACUGGAUGAGCCCAGAGGUGAUCAGUGGAGAGGGCUACGGAAGGAAAGCUGAUGUGUGGAGCGUGGCCUGCACCGUGGUGGAGAUGUUAACGGAGAAGCCACCGUGGGCAGAGUUCGAAGCCAUGGCGGCUAUUUUUAAAAUCGCCACCCAGCCGACCAACCCCCAGCUCCCCGACGGCGUCUCGAACUCCUGCCGCAACUUCCUCAAGCAGAUCUUCGUGGAGGAGAAGCGGAGGCCGACGGCCGAGGACCUACUGAGACAUCCCUUCGUCAACUGCGGGCUCUGAGCCCCUGGCAGCGGGGAUGGGGAAGCGCCGGUGGGAGGGGGGCGGCCGCCAGACCCGGGGCCUUCAGACCUCCACCCUGGGCUGUCCUGGCAGUGGCCCCCGCAGGUCCCUUGCUCAUUGCUGGCUUGGCACCCGCCGCGUUGUUGGAUUUCCAAGCUGCGCUUGGGACUGUUGGUGCCAGGAAUUCAGAGCGAGGGAUUUCCUGGACUGUGCGGGUGCUGGCCUCAGACCAAGUAGCCUCCUUGCCGCCAGCGAUACCGGGGUCACCCCCCCUUGCUGUGUUACUUAUCUCUUGGGGAAAGUGCGGGAAAUGGGAUCUGUCUUCCCCCCCAGCACGACAGUGAUGCUGGCAGCAUCCCCGGGACUGGCGGAGGAAUAAGAUGCUCAGUGGCGAUCACCACCUUUCGCAGUGGAACAGACAAGGGGCUUCAGCCAAGCCGGAGGAGAUGAUCCUCAGACUGCAGAGUCGGGGGGACCCGGGUGUCCCCGUUCACAAGGGGACCAAACCCUCCUGGAGGUCGUGGGAGCAGCCAGCGUCUCCAGCAGGGCGGCAUUUAAUACUGUUCUGUGCCUUAAGCGGUUACAAUCAAGGAGUGAUGCUCGACUCGGCACAAAGCACCGUCGGGCGCGAUGAUGCGGCAGCCGUGUUGACUUUGCCUUUGUGCGCGUGCGUGUGUGUGUGUGUGUGUGUGCACGCAUGUGUGUGCAAGUCUUGGAAAAAGGGGUCUUCUCGGGGUGCAGGAGGUCUCUGUGGGGUGCACCCACGGACGGAUGCCUGAGACCUCUGCCAUGGGCUGUGCAGAGGGAUGUGUAAAUGCUGUCGAUGGCUGCGGUGGGCAGGGCUGAGCACCAGGCCAGUUCGUGCUGGGAGCCAUCAGGGUUCGGGUGGGAGCUGGAGGGGACCUUGGCGAGGAUGGCUUUCUGCUCACAGCCAUAGCCCUGCUAACCUGUCCCUGAUGCUGCGCUGGGGCUGGCUGGAGGGAUGCUAAUGCAUGUUGGAAGUGGAGCUGCAGGAGGAGCCCGGUGGGUCUCUGUAAAACCCAAGAGGGUGCCUAAAAUGAGGCAGAGAGGACCAGUGCCUGUGGAUCUGGGCUGCUGAGGGCUGGGUGCCUUCUCCAUGCCUCGUGGGACUAGCCCAGGGUGCAGGGAAGGGGGACGUCACCUCUGUGGUGGUGCCUGAGGGAGCAGCUGCAGACCCGUGAAGCCUCAGACCAGGAGAGCAGAGCUGUGUCAGCCGAGGGCAGCUGGAAGCAGGUUUCUUUCUGUGGUAUAUUUGAGUUUGUAGGAGGAAGCAGGCCAGCUGAAAGCAGAGUUGGGCUACAGCCUCUUUGAACAGCAGCACUACCCUGCUGGAAAGCACUACCUCCUGGGCAGGGAGCGCGUACAGAGUCCCUGGAGGCUAAUUAAUCAGAUCUUGGUUAUUUUGGACAAAUUAAUUGUACCAUCUCGCCUCCCCCUUCCUUACUUUUUUUACGGGCUCAGCAAAGGGUUAAAUAAGCAGUAGCUGGGAGGUUGCCAUCCUUGGGCCAGUGUGUCACACACACGUUUAUUUUAAUAUUCUUUUUAAUUGAAAAGGAAAAGUGUUGCUUGGACCAAAGGGGAAAUUCAGAAAUCAGUUGUUCCUGUCACUUUGCACAUCCUUGAAUAAUUCUGCGUGGGAGAGAUCUAGACUGCACCGCUGGUGUGCUGCUGGGAGUGUUUCUUUGUCCACAGCUCUAAAAAGAGAAGCAAAAAUUAGAGUUAUUUCAGUUAAAACAAGCCAACAAAUAAAACAAACCAAACAAACCACUGGUAGUGUCAGGGCAUAUUCGGAUAGCUAUAGAAGGAUUCCCUGUAAAUGUGCCUGCAAAGCUGCAGAGGCCAGUUACUCGCCAGGCCGGGCUGCGGUGAAGCCGCGGGCUGCGGUGGAGCAGCGCCCAGGGGUCUGUGCCACUUGACAUGGUGGUGGUGGGCAGCCCUCCUCGGGGGGGGGGGGGGGGGGGGGGGGGGGGGGGCGGUUUGGAGUCACCUCCUUUCUCCGAGGGGGAAUAAACAAUUUUAUUCUGUGAAUAGGACCAAAUCCAUUAGUCUCUUCAGUAAUACGGGAUCAAUGGAAAAAAUAAAAAUACAAGAAAAAACAAAAAUCAAUGUUGACUGGGGAGGGUUUUUUUUGGGAAAAGGUGUUUUCACCAAAGCUAAAAAAAAAAAAAUAUGCGUUUUUAAGCUGUUUUCUCCUCUUCCAUCGAAUCUGUUCGGUGUUGAUUUUCCCAGCCCUUCAGUGGUGAGUGGGUGUUUUCCUUCUUUCCAAAGCCUUGAGAGCGAAGCGGGGUUCGUGGCCACCCCAGGCCCUGAACCCCCCAGCCCGCCGCAGGUGGAUGGGGCACGUGUGUGCGUGUGUGUGUGCACGUCGGCGUGUGCGACUCACUCCUCAGGUGCCUUUGCCUUGUUGGGUUUAAAAACCCUUGCAGUGUUCUGAUGUACAGAAUGGAACUAGGAAAAGAGAAUGUAAUAUUAUGCCAUGUAAAGUUGGUUCUUGGUUGCUUGGG